CUCUUUCUCAUAUAUAUGAGAGGAACGCCGUUAGGGAAUUUACAUUGAGUGGAUUUUUUUAAAAAGCGUUGUGAAGUUUUUAAACAUUUGUGUUUUUAUCUUUGAUAUGGCUUCUGGAGAGGAAGCUAAACAUCUGGAGGAACCGACUGCAAAACAUUCUUAUGGUGCAAUCCCAAAAAUAAGAUCAUCGACAGAGCCCAAACGGAGGACAGACACUGGGAAUACCACUUUCAUCGCUUCUGCUCCCGCUGUCCUAGAGCCUUCAAAGGACGUCCCUCGACCCCCGAAGGAACAGAAACGUACAAUCGAAGACAGUAACAGCCCUCCCGUGAAUCCUUGGAGGACGCUCGUUACUGUCUCUUGUCCAGAGCAAUCGACAUGCGUUGUUAUGGUGCCUGGAGAUGCAUCGAAUGAUCGUGCAGCUGAACAGCAGAGCCUCCAUGAGCAGUCGAAUGAACAUGUUACCAUUUGUUCUUCAUUCCUCCAAGGUUACAAAAAUUGCACAUCCGAAUUGAGGAAGUCCAGAUUCAUCUAUUUCUUCCAAGCUGUGCUGUCCUUGAUAUCCCUUUCUGCAGUGGUCAUGGGCCUUUUAUUCAAGACAUCCUGCAGAGAAUCCCCGCUUCUACCUGUCUUCAGUUUUAUAACGGGGCUCAUGGGUGUAGUAUUGAGUGGUUUAUGGAUGUCCACGACUUCGUACCAACGCCGCGGUCGACAGACUUCCGCCGGGUGUAUGGCCGCUCUUGUAUUACUCUCUUCGGCGUUCUUCCUCUUCACGAUAACAGAAAUGUGCGUUCUCGGAACGAUGUCUCCCAAUUUUGAUGAUGAAUACGCCCUAAACUAUUGCGACGAGACAUUCUACUAUUUCUCUCAAUACCAGCAGGUUGCGAUUGGCGUAGUUGCUGUUUUUCCACUGAUACUCCACCUUCCUGUCUGUCUGCAGAUCUUAAGAGGAAAUGGUGCAAAUAGAAACGUUCAAUAAGACUUUCAAGACGACGCUCUUUUUAACGAUUUUAAACGACUGUUGUAUAUUUUAACGACUCGCUGUGAAAGCGAUUACAAUAAAGCAUUUA